CCAGGAAGAGGAAGUGCUCCUCCAACACCAUGGAGACGCAGCUAGCUCACGUUCGCCCUGGUUUCAUGAACUGAAAGAGGCUCCAGACGCCGAAGAUGUUCGGGGCAGACGACGAGGAGGCGGACUUCCUGUCUCCCAGCGGCGGGGCCAAGCUGGCCUCCCUGUUCGGCCUGGACCAGGCGGGCAGUCAGGGCAACGAGUCCUUCCAGUACACGGCGCCCAAACAGCCCAGAAAGAGCUCCAACCCGGUAGCAGCCAAUCAGAAGCCGGCGCCUGCAGCUCCCGCGGUGUUGCUGGCCACAGCGGUCCAGACCUUCAGAUACAUCAACGGGCAGUACGUGAAGCAGGGGAAGCUGGGCGCGGCCGUGCUGGGCAACCACGCAACUAAAGAGUACAAGCUGCUGCUGUACCUGAGCCAACAGAAGCAAGUGGCCGCGGCCAAGAUCCACCUGGGCUUCGUCUUCACGGUACAGCCAAACAACUACUGCAGCUUCUACGAUGAGCAGAGGCAGAACUGGUCCCUGAUGUUUGAGUCGGACAAGGCUUCACGGGACUUCUGCAAAGAGGUGUGUUUGGCCAAAGUGAACAGUGAGGCCUCCCUGGAUGCCACGGUGGUCCAGGAUCUGAGUCUGGGUGAGGGCCAGGCGGUGGAGCACGGAGACUCCGUGGAGGUGGUCUACACGGGCUGGCUCCUGCAGGACCACGCCAUCGGACAGAUGUUUGACUCCAACCAGACGAAGGACAAGUUGCUGCGCCUGAAGAUUGGAGCUGGAAAAGUGAUCCAGGGCUGGGAGGAAGGGAUGCUCGGCUUGAAGAAGGCGGGCCGUCGCCUCGUGGUCGUCCCCCCCCACCAGGCGUACGGGUCCACGGGAGUCCCCGGCCGGGUCCCGGCUCACAGCACCCUGGUGUUUGAAACGGAGCUCAGACGGGUGAAGUUUUACAGCGGGUCUGUUGGUGGCAGCUCCAGAACCUCUGCUGCCCCCUCUCCGGUUCCCUCCCAGUCCCCUAGUGUGGAGAAGCUGGCCCCAGAGCCCCCGGUGCGGACCCCCGGCCCCGGGCGACCAGCAGAAGCACCGCUUCGUGCAAAGUCAAACUCACUCAGCGAACAGCUGGCAAACCCAGAUGCCACGAAGGCCAAGCUGAUCUCCCGCAUGGCGAAGAUGGGCCAGCCCAUGUUGCCCUUUUUGACGGGGGGGGGCGGCCAGCCCGACUCCAGUGACUCUGAGCUGGAGGACUCCAGUGGCGGCCGAGUGAAGGAGCGGCCUGCGGCUCCAUCGCCAUUGCAGAUCUCCACCGCUGCCCACGUGUAUCCGUAUCCUCACACUGCUGCACCUUCCGCCUUAAUGCCCUUCAUGAGCACUGCUGCCCCGCAGCCUGCCUUUCAGCCGUACGCCUACACACAGAGCUCGGUGGCUCCAUCUCAGCUGCAGCCUGUCGGGCAGGUCUACCCCCCACAGACCACCCCGUACAUGGGCUCCAGUGACGUGACGUCCUUCUUGAUGACCGAAGCCCGACAACACAACACAGAGAUCCGGUUGGCCGUCGGAAAGGUAGCAGAUAAAGUGGAUCAACUGACCUCAAAGAUGGAUGGCCUUCAGAGACAGGGCAGUCUCUCCAUGGCGGUCCCUAGUCUGUCAAUGGAGACCUCCAUGAUCAUGCACAGCAUCCAGAGAAUAGUCCAGGAAAAUGAAUGUCUAAAGAAGGAAGUGUUUGAGAAGAGCUCCCGCGUUGAGGAGCAAAACCGGAAAAUCGGGGAGCUCAUCAACCAGAACCAGAGGUAUGUGGAGCAGAGUAACCUGCUGCUGGAACAGAGGAACGACUCCCUCAAGUCCACCAGUGAACAGAACCAAGCCAGGUUACAGCAGGCUGAGCAGGACAAGCAUGCUCUGCCUCGGGACCUGGGCAGCGGCCAGGUGCGCCUGACGGAGGAUCUGGCCUCGUCCUCGGCCCAGAUGUCUCAGCUGCAGCUGGAAGCUGCCGCUCAGCAGCAGACGGCGUCGGCGCUGCAGAGUCAGCUGAGCUCGGCGCUGCAGGACGGCGAGAGGCACCGCCAACGCACCGCCGGCCUGGAAGCACAGCUGGAAGAGCUGAAGGAGGCUGCAGAGAGGACUCAGACUCGGUACCGCUUAGAGAAGCAAAGACGCAAAGAGAUGGAGCUGAGAGGAAACACCAUGGAGGAGGAGGUGCAGGACCUGAAGGCUGAUAAGGAGAACCUAGAACGAACCUCCUCUGAGAGGAAGAACAAGUGGCAGGCUGAGCGUCAGCGUCGGGACGAGGAGGUGGAGGAGCUCCGGAGGAGCAGCCAGCAGGAGGCGGACAACCUCCGAGCUCAACUCCGCAACGCCAGGACCAGCACGGACAGCGCCGCAUCUCAACAGUUGUCUCAGCUGCAGGAGGAGCUGCAGGAGGAGUGGAGCAGGAGGUGCGAGCAGACGUUGUCCUCGGCGAAGGAGCAGCACGGCCGGCAGCUGGCGGAGCUGACGGAGUCCAGAGAGGCUCU